AUGUCCGACUUGAAAGCUACUGACGACGAUGGGAUGGCCCUGAUUCCUCUAGUGGAUACCCACAACCCGAAUAAAGGGGAAAAUGCGGAAUUGUCUACUUUUCAAGUGGACGAUGAUGCGCUGCUGGUUCCUAAUGGAGAAACUACUGAUCUGAGAACAGUGCAUGUUGAAGAAGCAGCACCAAACCAGCCAAAAGAGCCCCGUGAGGAAGAUUCGAACCCUACAUUGGCCAAGUUCAUGUCUGCAUGCCAGGUGGGUGAUCUCGAUACCGUCAAGGAUCUUAUAUCCUCGCGUCAGGUAUCCGCCUCAGACACCUUCAGUGAGGGUGUCACAGGUUUGCACUGGGCAGCCAUCAAUAACAGGUUGAGCGUGGUGAAAUACCUCAUGGAAAAUGAGUACUCAAGAGGUGACCCAAACGCAAUUGGCGGGAAUUUGAAAGCUACUCCCUUGCACUGGGCGUGUAGAACAGGGCUUGUGUAUGUGGUGGACUACUUCCUCAGCCAUACUGACGCUGACCCUACGAUUAAGGACUCGCAAAUGUACAACGCUUUACAUUUGGCAGUGCACAGCUCAAACAUUACCUUGUGCAUCUACAUUCUCUUGAGCUGUGUUGUGAGCCCAAACAACAAGUCCAGGGAGAUCUACAUUGAUGAGCCUGACUCCAUACAAUGUACACCAUUACAUUGGGCAGCGUACCAAGGUGACAUACUCACGGUGAACGCAUUGUUGAAGUAUGGCGCUGAUGUUACAAAGACUGACCAGACCCAAAUGACCCCGUUGCACUGGGCCUUCAUCAGAGGCUACAAAUCAGUUCUCGCUGCUCUCUUAGAAGCUGGUUCAGAUAUACAUCACAAGAAUGAUAAAGGCAAAGACUCAUUUGGCGUCAGUCAAGAUAUGAAUUGCGAAAAAUUGUGGCUACAGGUGUUGGCAGAAGCAGAUAGGGAUCCGAAGAACAACUGGAUCCCACGUACUCAUUUUCUCGAGGCUAAGAACGCCAAAGUUGUAACUUUCCUUGUGCCUUAUGUCUUGAUUCCCAUAGUUCUCCUGGUGUGUAAUUUCAGCAACGGUCUUGCUAUACCAGAGAUAUUCUUCUCUGCGCUACUUUGCGUGGCUGCAGCUCUUGCCACCAAGAAGUUUCUUGUACCCAUUUAUCUGCCAAAAGACACAAGCUUACUCAAAAGUCCGUUUCUUGCGGGUGUCUUUUCAGGAACAGCUUUUUGGUGUAUUGUUGUCUGGAUUUUUGUCAUGCUCCCCGCCGUGUUUAUCAAACGCUUCUUUACCAAUUUGAUCGUUGGCUCAUCGGCUGCAUUAUUCUCCUAUACUUUCUUCAAAGCAAUGUUCAUCAAUCCAGGUCUUGUUCCUACUCAUUCAGACCCAGAGGCUGUUCUCAAUGAGGUGAAAGAUCUUAUAGCCUUGGGGAGAUUUGAUACGGAACACUUCUGCGUCAACAGCUUUAUUCGCAAACCAUUGAGGUCAAAGUUCUCCAGGUUCAGCAACAGACUAAUCGCUCGGUUUGACCACUACUGCCCGUGGGUCUAUAAUGAUAUCGGAGUGAGAAACCACAAGCUUUUUCUUACUUUCGCUUAUUCACUUGCAGUGGCUAUCAUCCUGUUCUUCUUUGUUUCUUUGAAGUACUUCGAUAAAGUAAGCCAUGUGCUGGGUUACGAUUCUGAUAUCGACGAGAAAUGUCAUGUAUUGAAUGAACACUUGUGCAAGGGCUUCUACUACAGUCCAUUCAUCUUCAAUCUCAAUAUCUGGUGUCUUUUCAAUUUAGUUUGGCUCGGCUUUUUGUGCGUUGUACAAACAUUCCAAGUGCUCAAAGGGUUGACAACCUGGGAGUUCAGUAACUUGAACAAUCGGGUAAGCAACCCAAUGUACAACCAUUCAACAGUCCCUCUAGAUUUCACUGGUCUGACUGCUCCUCCAGCACCAGCGCCUUCCCCUAAUAGAAGAGGUCAUGGCCAUGGUUUGGGAACAUGUGCUAAACUUCUUGGCUUAGAUCAAUUCAAGCUUACAGUAAAGUUAGCGGUUGCCUCAGCCCUUCAAAAAACACAUCACCUGCAAGAACCCAGUCCACUCGAAAAUUUGCACAUUCCAACAGAUUUCGGAUGGAAGCAAAACUGGUUAGAUUUUUGGUUCCUUGGCGAAGUCACUUGGAGGAACCUAUUCUACUUGCCCAUCGAAGGUGAAAACAACCUUAAUGGUCAAGUUGUGGAUUACUACAAGUUGUAUGAGUAUCCAAACGCCGGAGCAGAGCAUGUUUGA